GCCCGCCGGGCCGAGCUCGGGGGUCGCGCUCCGCCGCCGCGCCGGGGCCGCGCUGAGGGCGGGCGGCGUCUUCUGGCCGAGGGGAGCGCCCCCAGGGUUUCACCGGGUGCCGCCUGCAGCGGGGCGGGGCGGGGCGGUGCCGUGCCGUGCCCAGGACUUCCCGGCUCCUUCUUCCCCGGAGCAUCGGGGGUGGAGAGAGAGGGGCUGGGGGAGGUCCUCUCCACCCCCGUCGGAAGGAGCGGAGCGAGAGGAAAGGGGGGUGUUGGAAAGGGGUUGGGUUUCGGAGGGGCCGGGCUUGUGGUGGGGAUAUUCCCGAGGGCUGCUCCGCCAGGUACUUCUGGAAGGAGGAAGCCGGCGGCCGUCGCCGGCCUGGAGCUGAGGGGCCGGACGCUGCCGCGGGGAACUUUGUGGUACUCAGUACGUGCGGGUCUCAUUUCCGUUCCCUUCCUCUUUCUUUUUCUCCCAGGGCGGCCGAGGUCGCCUUUUCCCCAGGGCCGGUGUCCUGCGCUGCGGGGGCCAUGGCCCCGCGCCCGGGCCGGGAUGCGCCGGGCGGGAGGCGCCGCUCGGCGGGGCCGGGCGCGCUCCGGCCCCUCCGCGGGGCGGAGGUGACGGCCGCCGCUCGGGGCCUGCGCUUGCCCGGGCUUUAAACUUUAUCACAGAGUUACCCAUGUUACGGCGGUGAAAAAAUCCUUUGGCACGCAGGGUCCUUAGCGGUGGAUCGCGAUGAGAUUUUGGGUAUUUGCGGUUUCACGUGGUAGCUUGAAGUUUGGUGCCCCGAGUCUGGGGAGUGCUUGUCUGUAGCAGAGAAACGUCGGGCCGCUGCUAUUUGCCUUGUCGCUGGUGCUUGGUGGAAGUGCAUAUGUGGAGGCGAACUGAUUGACAUCUAUUCUGCUGGGUUAAUCAAUAAUCAGAACGGUUAUUCAUGUAAUGGAUUUUUAUAGACCUUACUGAAAGCCUUAAAUAUGCAGCAGAUUGUUGCAGGAAUGAAGUUUCUACAGCUUUGUCGUCCUCAGAAGAUAAAAACAUUUUUCACAAGUCUGAAUUAUUGUGCUCCCAUUGCUGGCAUAGUGUGACGGUAGCUGGCUGUUGUAUGACUUGAUAAAGUUUCUCAACUUGAAACUAAGUAAUAAAUCCAAGUUCAUUGUGUGUACUGCUAACUUCCCUUGCUGCUUUUUUUUUUUUUUUUUUUUUCAUAUUGAUAUUUCAAAAUUCAAAGUCUGGGUAGCUUGGGCAUGGUGGGGAAUUCAAUUGUCCUAGGAAACUAACCAUGCCUAAUGUUUAUUUUUUCAUUGUAACCGUAUGCAGAGGUGAAUAUAGAAAUGUUCACAGAAGUCAGCGGUUACAACUUCACGCAAAGAUGUCACUGUUACACUAACUUAAACGUGCAUCCUGCAUCUAGGUUACAUGUAAAACCUUUGCUGUUCUUAAAAUCUAGGUAUUGUGAUACAGAAGUUAAAGCUUCUUUGUUCCUUGUGAUUCAAAAAACUUCGUGACAUCUUUUAACAAAUUGUGGUAGUAGAAGCCUUUACAGGGAGACAUGUUGAUGAGAACAGUCUCUUAUAAAUGCUGAUUAAUCAAACAGCAAAUAGUUUUAAGAGGUAUCUUUUCGAAAAAUUUAAUUUAAAAAUUAUACCGAGUAAUUCUGCUAUGAUCAGCAUUUUUUCACAUUUGCUUUAAAACUUUAAGAGAAAAUUAAGAAAGUUCUCAUCUGAGUGAGAAUAUUUUUUAAAUUAAUUUGUCAAAUGUGUUUGUGGAGGAACUUGUAAUUUUGGUUUUUUCUUUGUUCUAUUUGAGAAUACAGUUUUUUUUUUUUUUUCCUUAAGUUGUGGAAUUGCUAUCUAAUGUGAAUGUAUAAUUCCUAUGCUGUUAUACAACUAGUAUGAUGACUCCUUUUCCCAAGUAUUUUUUUAAAUUUUCAUAAGCAUUUUAUUAUUUCAGUUGAGAAAGGAGGGAAAAAGUCAUAUGUCAGUUUGUGUACUGCCCUGAAAUACUAAUAAGGAUAAGUUAAUGUUGACGUUGUUUCUGGUUUGGGUAGAAAUGAUGCAGGUAAAAUAUAUGUAGUUCUUAAACUGUACAAACCUAACAUUACAAAAUAGAACUUUCCUGUCUUUUGAGAGAGUGAAACAAAGACUAUAGAUAUAUUAAAGGUGAUUCAACUGAGCGUUUUUAAAGAAAUUUUCUGAAGUAGAGCCUGUUUCAGUGAAGAUACAGGUGGUUGGUGAUAGCUGCAAAUUUGGGUAUGCUAUGAGAUGCUAAGUGCUGCCUGUGACACUUCAGGAGGACUUGGGUGAUUUGGGAAUGUUCUUUUUUUGUUAGAAGUUCUGAGAAUUGAAUGCCAUUGGUUGAUCUCCAAACUGCUAGUUGAAAAUGCAAACUAUUGAGAUAUUGGUUAAAACUGCCCUAGUAAACUUAAAAUAAAACAAUUUUUCAUAAGCUGUCUUGUGACUUUUUAUUUUCAAGGGCACUUAAUAAAAAAAAAAAAAAAAAAAAAAAAAGUAAAAGAAGAAAAACUACACUUCCAUGCUGCUUUAAUAGAGAAAUGAAAUAGGGACAUCAGUUUCUUUCUGUGGAAUGCUGAGGCUAAUUGAGAUGAAAAUCUUAUAUUUAAUAAGGGCGAGAAUAUGAAAAUGUAAACACAGAUAAAUAAUUUUUAUUAGAAUUAGAAAAUUUCUGUAGAGUGCUGUGAGACAUUCAGUCUUAUGGCAAAGAAAUUGGUUCUUUAUUAAAGCUUAUUAUGUUAGCAGGAAUAUGUGACUCAAGUUAAACUUAAAAAAUUCAAAGAAGCCAGAGUGGCGUGAACUGUAAUUUUUUUGUUGGCUGUGAAAAGCAAACCAGAUAUGUACCUAGACCUGUGGGUGUUUAUGGUUGAGGUUAGUGGCCUCCUGUGGGUUAGUAAGAGGGGAACUCAGGAACACAGCAGCAGUAUUUUAUUUUCAAAUAAAAUUCAGUCAUUCUGUUACCAGAUUAAAUCUUCAGGUAACAAGACUUUGGAGUUCUGGAAGAUGAUGCUCAAGCUUUUAAAGAGUUGUCAACCACUUCCUUCUUAUUAUCCAUAGAUUUCUGGCUUAGAAGCCUUUGUAAAAAAAUUAUAUUUUACAUAGAAUUACUUAGUUUUUUUCCUAUAGUUGCUUCAUAAAUACCUGUUUUUAACCCACUUUGAGUUAUGUGCUUGUGGAAAACAUGUAGUAUGGCCUAGUAUGAAUGAAGUUAUCUCUCCUUCUGAGCUUGCUGUUCACUCUUAAAUCUUGUUUACUACUACUGUCUGAUAUAAUCAGAAAUGGAAAUAAUCUAUCACAAUCAGAAACAUGAAAAUAGCAAAAUAUAAAUCUCCUAGUUUCCCUAGCAGUUGUCAAAUUGCUGUUCAUUUGAUUUAGUCUGUAGUCAAGACAAUUAAUCUGCUUUGUGUACCCUGUCUGAGGAGAUAAGCAGUUGAUUUGGGUUCUACGAGGGAGUAUUUAUCAGGUUUUCUGCUGAACUAAUCCUGUGUUAAGUGAUAAGCACAAGUGUGGGAAUGUGUUUUCUGUUGAGGGAGUAAACAAGUUACCUUUGUCCCCUUAAAAAGAAAAAAAGCCCAGAAGUUUCUCUCCUCAGUUUGGUUAAAAGACACCUCAUAGGACCUUGGAGACCUCACCUCAAACUUAAGGAUAGCUAAUUUGACAGGAGCCAAAAAGUCCUGCCUGAGCAAUUCCCUAGAAAAAGAAGAGAAAAAGAAGUAAAUCACUUUUGUAAAGUGGUUUAACAGGAGCAAGAGCUUCUUGCCUUGACUCGGCUUUUCUCUGUGAAGAGCCUUUUAAUAAAACUUUUUGUUUCCAGCACUAUCGCAAAAGCCAUCCUACUUCUUUUAUGCCACCUGAAGUAGCUGAGCUAUCAAAGGUAUAAUGCUUAUCUGUGGGAGCUUAUAAAAUCAAGCUCAAAAAGAGAAAAAGCAUUACAAAAGUGUGUGUCAGCUUUCUUUUAGAGAAUAUUCAUGUGUCCUCAUGUAUCAAAACAUGAGGAUGAGAGUUAGUUAUAUCAUGAAAUUACACCUGCAGCUGUUUUAAGUUGCAGUUCUUAAUUCUUUUGCACUCAUUAACUAUUGCAUGUAACUGCACUUCUGCUUUUGGUUUUCCUGCUUUUGACCAUUGUAUAUAUUUUGUACUUAACAGCUUCAUUUGCUGCUGCAUAUUUUGAAUUAAUGACUAAAUUUAAGAGACUUUUUUUCCUUUUCUCGUUUCAGCAUGUGAAAAUUGUGCCUAUUUCUUCAGGUCUGUGGACGUGAGUUUUACAUUGGAGUUAGAGGCAGCCUUUUUGGCACUCUUUACAGAGUGGUGUGGUGCUGACAAGCUGCUUGUGGUGUCAGUUACAGACCUUCUACCAUGAGCAAUUCUACUCCAGCUACAGGUCAUGAGAAGAAAAAAAGUAAAGGAAAAAGAUUGCCAUGUUCCCCUUCACGUGUCCUUCACAUUCGUCAAAUUCCAAAUGAAGUUACUGGAGCAGAAGUUGUUUCAUUAGGUCUCCCUUUUGGCAAAGUAACCAAUCUCUUGAUGCUAAGAGGGAAAGGUCAGGCAUUUUUGGAAAUGGCUUCCAUAGAUGCUGCUGUUUCUAUGGUGAACUACUAUGCUCCUGCUACACCUCACCUCCACCAUCAGCCAGUUUAUAUUCAGUAUUCCAAAUACAAAGAACUUAGGACUGACAAUCAACAUAAUCAGGCUAAACCCCAACCUGCACCGCAAUGUGUGAAUGCUGUGCAGCAGGGAAACCGGGAUAUUACAAGUGCUCUUGCUGCUGAAUGUGGGGUCCUUCCACGUCAUGGUUCUGUUCUUCGAAUCAUUGUUGAAAAUGUUUUUUACCCUGUCACUUUAGACAUACUGUAUCAGAUUUUCUCUAAAUUUGGCUUUGUCUUGAGGAUUAUCAUGUUCCAUAAGAACAAUCAAUUUCAAUCUCUGCUGCAAUAUUCUGAUGCAAUGAAUGCAUAUUAUGCCAAAAUGUCUCUGGAUGGCCAUUGUAUCUAUACUGGGUGCUGCACUCUGCGUAUUGAGUUCUCCAAGUUAGCUAACCUAACAGUGAAGUACAACAAUGACAAAAGCAGAGAUUUCACUCGCAUUGACCUUCCUUUUGGUGAUGGCCAACGAACUGUGGAGACAUCCAUACCCUUUGCCACCCAAAAUACCAUAUUUCCAUCAUAUACAGGGCCUCCUGGGUUUGCCCCAGCCUUGGGCUUUCCUCAAGGUCCUUCUGUUCUGCCUGUUCCUGGAGCACUUGGUCCUCUCAUGGUCACUACAUCAGCAGCACCUGGACACAUGACUAUUCCUGAUAUUCCAGGAAACUCUGUUUUACUAGUCAGCAACCUCAACCCUGAAGCCAUCACACCUUAUGGACUUUUCAUCCUAUUUGGUGUGUAUGGUGAUGUGCAUCGUGUGAAAAUCAUGUUUAAGAAAAGAGGAAUAGCUUUGGUUCAGAUGGCAGAUGCAACCCAAGCUCAAUUAGCUAUCAACUACUUGAAUGGACAGAGGCUUUAUGGAAGGGUCAUGCAUGCUACUCUUUCAAAAUAUCAGACAAUUCAACUUCCUCGUGAGGGACAAGAGGACAAAGGUCUGACAAAGGACUAUAGCAAUAGCCCUUUGCAUCGCUUUAAGAAUCCCUGCUCUAAGAAUUUCCAAAAUAUCUUUCCUCCGUCUGCAACCUUGCAUCUGUCCAACAUCCCGUCUUCUGCUACUGUCGAUGAUUUGAAGAACCUUUUUACAAGUAAAGGAUCUACUGUGAAAGGCUUCAAAUUUUUUCAGAAAGAUUGCAAAAUGGCUCUUAUCCAGCUGGGCUCAGUGGAAGAAGCAGUUCACGCUCUCAUUGAGCUUCACAAUCAUGACUUUGGAGAAAACCAACAUCUCAGAGUUUCCUUCUCAAAAUCUUCGAUCUGAAUUUUUCCUUUAAGGCUGCAUAAUGGUUUUAGUAAAACCUUCAAAUAGAGACUGAGGGAACUCUGACCAACUCUGUCUCUUAAAAGAAAAACCUCAUUCAUACACAAAGAAUUAAGUGCUGAUUUUUUCAGAUUCCAGCUGCAAUUACGUCAUCCAUAGAAAGAUUCUUCUGUGAAAUCAUUCUAGCAACAAUAUUUUUCAUCAAAUUCCCUACUUAAAAUUAUAUUUUGAGACCAUCCUUUCAGCUUUUGUUUGAAAUCAGCCUUGCAAAACAAUUUAGAGUGAUUUUACAAUGUACCAAACUAGUAUGUUUAAUGAAAAGGUAAAUCUAUUCUGUGCAGAUUAAACACUAAUUUGAACGUGAAAUAGUGCUUGGGUUUCUUGAAGAAAAGCAAACAGUAACUAUGAGUAUCCUCUAACUAGUAUUUAUGUUACCAGGGUGUGUAUUCAUACUUUGGUGAUUCUUUACAAAUAACUUGUUUAUAAAAAUAGUAAGAUUAAAUUAUUAGAGAAAAGGCAGUGCCUUCUCUCUGUGGAAUGAAAGUAUUUGACAAAUUUCUUUAAGGUGUGGUAUUGGAGAAUUAAUUUGGCGUGACUGUGGGUUGGAAGUUUGAUGUCCUAUUUCUGCUAUGAAGGGAUGUGUAACAGUACCUUGGAGAAAAUAAAACAAGGAAAUGGCCUUGAUUUAAAAUAAUGUUUUAUGUUUCUCUAAAUAAUUAAAUGUUUGCAAUCUUGUGGAAAAUAUUCAGGUCUGUGAUGGUUUCUCAAAGUUUUAAGAAGUUAUUUUUGCUAAGGUCAUCUUUCAGGACAGAAAAAUUAAACCUCGAGGUAUUUUACCACUCUGCAGUCUAAUACUUAAAUUACUGUGCAUUUACCUAAUUUCUUAUUUUGUGCCUUACUAUAUGUGUAUGAAUAGAGUGUUACCUGAAGUAUCUUGCAAAAAUAUUGUGGGCCUUGUGAAAAUUCUCCUUUUGGUCUUUUUGUAAAUGUUUUCCAUGAUAAUUCAAGAAAUAUAUUUUUUCAUUAAUUAAUAUUUUGAAUUCUAGUUUCUUAUGCUUUCUUAUUGAGAUUGCAUGUAGAUGGGAGUGAGGUUUCAUUUGUUGUGAAAUCACAUAGAGAUUCUUUAAAUUUACCUAGUUGCACUUCUCUGAUGGUAGUUGUUCACUGAUAAAAAAUUCACACCCAGAAAAAAUAUACAAAAAAACCAAACAAACCUAUAUAGGAGGGCCAAACAGCAAAUCCAGUUAAUUUUCUGGACUUCAUCUGACUUUUUCAGAGACACUGGCUGUAUCAGAAUAUUCUUUUGGGUUUUUGCAUUUCUUUAUUUUUAAUACUUUACAGUAUUAAAUUAAUAGAAUACUAUAAUUCUUUCCUUUGUAAGUAUGAAAAACUGUUUGAUACUGAAUCUUGAUUCCUGUUUGGGGAAUGAGCUGAGAUGCAGUUAGAUUUUGCCAUAAGUAUACAGAUGAAUACUAAUCUGAUUGUAUUUUAAAAAGCUUAAUUUCAUUUUAAGAGCUUUUUCCCCCCAGUGUUUUCUUUCACAUAAACUAAUUUAAAAUUAAUUUAAUUUUACCUACCACAUUUUAAAGACCUAUUUCUUCCAAACAUGGCAUUUGUCUACUUCUAACUAUUGCAGAAUUUAUUUCUGCUCUAAUGUUUUGCCACUCAUAAUUGUUUUUGUUAAUCUGAAUUGUAUGACUUUAUCUUUCUAGAAGAAACAGUAUGUUUCUACCAUGAUCUGAGUAUUCUGUAGUGAGCUUUCUCAAAUUUUCUCUCUGAAUGAUUUUUGCAAAAUCAGCUAUAUAGUAGCUUGCCAGAUACUACCUUGAUCUAUGUAAAUUGGUUACAGGUGUAGUAUUAAGGAAACUUCUCUGCCUGGCCAUCCAGGAGCUGCUCUGGCAGUCACUCUUGCACCACCUGAGCUGGAACCAAGGCCCCUUCCCAGCUAUGUCUCCUCACUCACACAGUCACACCAGGGUUCCGUCCCCAGGUUUUCCAUAGCAGUCUCAGGCAUCCCAGUCAUUAAAACAAUUUCAUCACAGUGCAAUAACAAACUAACAGUUCGGGCUGGUGUCUCUGAGGAGGGCCCUUGAGCAAAGGAUUCCUUGGGCUUUUAUCCCCUCACCAGUCUAAGCAUGGGAAGGUCUGGGAUUGUCAGCUCCUGCCAUGUCUCAGUGUCCAGUCCCCUGGCUGGGCACAGGUCCACAGGCCUUUGUUGUGCCCAGGGUUGGCUUUUCAUGGCCUCUUUGCCUGGGCUCCCCCAGCCUGAGCUCAUCCUGCAGCUCCACUGCAGCUGCACCCCAAGCUACCUCAGUGAAUGUGUUCCUCAACAAUAGCAGCCAAUCUGACUGCACAGAUGUAGCUAUAAUAAGUGCUGUACAACACAUCUAUAUAAAUAUGCAGAAUGUAUUAUGUACUAGAAAGUUCAGCUGGGUUAGGAAUAAUAUUCCCCUAAGGCAUGUUGUCUUUUGGAUUUCACAGAAUCACAGAAUGGUGUGGGUUGAUCUUCGUGAGUUUCUCACAGACUCAGACUGCUCAGUCUGUCCAGAUCCUUCUGCAUAGUAUCCUUUCUUUCCAGGUGUGCUGACUGUACCACACAGUUUGAUGUAGUCAGCAAACUUGUAGAGGGUGCAGUUGAUUCCUCUGUCCAUGUCACCAACAAGGCUGUUUAACAGUUCUAGUACCAAUGAUUAUCCUUACAGAACACUGCUCAUUAUUGGUCUCCACUUGGACAUCAAGCUGUUGACCACAACUCUUUGAAUGUGGCCAUUUAGCCAAUUCCUUUUCCCACUAGAGUUCCACUCAUCAAAUCUGUGUCUCCGGUUUAGAGACAAGGAAUUUUUGUGAGACAGUGUCAUACUUUGCACAAGUCCUGGUAGAUGACAUCAGCUUUAGCUUUCACAAUUUCAUAGACUUGGGCUGCUCAGAAAACUCUUCCUCCCAGGCUACAUGUUAUUACUGUUAGUGUUUGAAUUCAUCCUUUUAGUGUUCCUUGUUCAUCUAACAUCAUCCUGAUAUUUUUGCCUGACUUCCUCUUUGUUGGGAUAAUCACUCCUGAGCUUGGAGAAGGUGAUCCUUGAAUACCAACCAGCUUUCCUUAGUCCCUCUUCCCUCCAGGGCCUUAUCCCAUGAUAUUCUAUGAGACAGAUCCCCGAAGACACCAAAGUCUGCUUUCCUGAAGUCCAGGGUAGUGAGCUUUCUGUGCACCUUCCUUGCUGCCCUAAGGAUCUGAAACUCCAUUUCAUGGUCCCCGCAGUCAAGGUUGCCCUCGAACUUCACACUUCCCACCAGUUCAUCCUUGUUGGGGAAAAAACAGUCCAACAUAGCACCUCCUCUCCUUGGCUUCUCCAUCGGUUGAAGAAGGAAGUUAUCAUCAGUGCAUUCCAGGCAGCUUCUGGAUUGGUUAUGUGCUGCUGUGUUGAUAGAUAUUAGAGUGGUUAAAGUUCCCCAUGAGGAACGUUUGUGUAUGUGAGGCUGUUCUUCUCUGUAAGGGGCCUCAUCUUCUCUGUCUUCCUGGUCAGACCAUCUGUAGCAGACCCGCACUAUAAAGCCACCUUCCCAUGUGUGCCUUUAAUCCUGACCCAUUAGCUCUCAGUCAGCUCCUCAUCCAUCCCCAGGUGAGGCUCCAUGAUCUCCGGCUGAUCAUUGACAUAGAGGGCAACACCACCUCCUUGUCUACCCUUCCAGUCUUUUCUGAAGAGCUGAUAUCCAUAUCCUUCCAUUCCAACACUCUACUCUUUGGAACCGUCCCACUGUGUGUCCAUGACAUACCAGUGAGGUCAAAGGCAUGCCUACAUGUCUAACUCUGCUUGUUUAUUUCCCUUCAUAUGUACUCUUGCAUAGGUGCUUUGGAUUUGAAACUCUAAUGAAGCUGACUUACUGGCUGAAGUAGCUACAAUUCCCUCGUGUUUUUCUUCUGGUGCUUUUCCGCUGACUUCUGAUCCUUCUUCAGGCUCUGAGCAUCUACUGCUGGCACUGGCAUUAAAUUGAUAGGAGUGGGAUGGACUGAGGUUCACUUACCCUGGCAUCUUUAGAUUAAAGCCCUUCUCACCAGCUUGACAAGCUUGUGGCAGAAGAUGCUCUUCCCCUGUUCUGACAGAUGGACCCUGUCAACCCUCAGUAGACCCAAUUUCUGAAAGCAAGUCCCAUGGUCAAAGCAGCCAAACUCCUGCAUGGGACACAGCCCCAGAAGCAUUUGCUGAUUCACCAUAUUUGACUGGCCCUUUCAAACACCUUCCCUUUGACUGUGAGCAUUGAUGAAAAGACUGCCUGUGGAAUCUUAAAAAAUUUUAACUUAGGAAAAAUCUGAAUGUCAGUAUUUAUUAUGUUUGCUCUUUGGAUUUGUGAUCAAGUAUUGUGUAUCUUUUUUUAAUUCACCUUUAGUGUUCUUUAUUUUUUUAUUCACCUUUAUUGCUACCAAAUUAUUCUUGCCAACAUACUUUUAGAUUUGUGUAUAUCUGAAAGAUGCUGCCUCUUAGUGAGAUCUGCUUUACAAGACAUAGAGAUAAGCUUUGAAACUUGACAGUACAUCUUAACAUUUGCAAUGUUAACAUUGCACAUUGGCAAUGUGAAGGCACUAGUUAAGGUUACUUUUUCCUUUUUAGUGUUCCACCUUGAAUAAUUGAAAGCAUAAACGUAGUCCCUUAGUUAUUACAAUGCAUUGCUAGUGAGGAUUCAUGGCAGAAGGAAUACUUUUUAUACUUUGUGCUUGACUCAUUAGUGCCUGGUGCAAAAGCACAAUUGCAUCUCAGUUCAUGAUUCUCUAAAGCUCUGGAUAUCUGUGAAAAGAGCAGGAUUUGGGAAAGAAUCAUAUUCUACAGAGUCGUAUGGUGAUGUAGAUGGAAUAGGACCUCCAAAGGCCUUAGUCCUACAUUCCAGUCAGAUUAUAGACAAGUUUGAGCCGUUACUCAAAGAAUUGUCCAUGUAAAUUAAAAAAAAUCAAAUGGAACAAAUUCUCAGUUCUUUCCUGUUCCACAGUUCUUUUCUGUUUGGUGGUCCUCAUUGUGAAUUUGCUUCCUUAAUUUGUAACUAGGCUUUAAAUAUACCACAUUCUAUGUCUUUUGCCUUUUCCCCUCUUACCUGUGUAACUCUGAAGAGGAUUCUGUCUUCAUCUUCUUUAUAUUGUGGCCUUAAGCUGUUAUAGAUACAUUUAUAAUUUCUUCAAGAUAUGUUAUUAAUUUCCAUUUGUCAAGUAGCUGGUGAUAUGUACAGUUUGAGUUGGAAUUUGGGUACAUGGUGGGAUUCUUUGAGGCUGUCUUGUGCAGGGCCAGGAGUUGGACUCGAUCCUUGUGGGUCCCUUCCACUUCUGCAUAUUCUAUGAUUCUGUGACUGUAUGGUUAUGCCUCUGUAUAUGUCAUGUCCUUGAAUCAACUCUGAGUUACCUCCUAGUCCAUUUUUUUGGAUGGACGCAUGUUUGGUUCAAAGUGUAAUAAGGCCUUUUUAACAACCCAGGAGCAGCUAAGUGCCUUUUCAAAUGAUCCUUCAUUUGUUACAUAAUGGUAAAACUUCUGCUUCUUUUAAUUUCUGCAGAACUCUUAAAACAUCAGAACCAAUUUCUGAGAUUUUGACUCAUAAUUUGAUUUGGUUGCCUUGUCUGCUGGUCCUGUGAGUUGCACUGGAUUUGUGUACUGAUAAAUUGAGGUCCUUCUAUUCAGAAGAUAUUCUGCAUACCUGUGGAAACUUGCCUAUUUGUGACAUUUUUCUGAUUACAGGCAGCAAACCUGUGUUUGUGUGCCAAGAACACUAUUUGUCUUUGUGGAUGCUAGUGCCAGUGAGGUCUAUCUGAUCAAUUAUCUUGUUCUCCUCUGAUUCAUGUCAGUAGGCAAGUGGUAAGUUGGGGUUUUUAAUAAGAGAUGUAGACCUAGUAGUUGCCAUUUUAUGCUGUUAGCUUAUAUUUCUGUUUUUCAAAUAAGAGGCCAGCUGCCUACAAAAAGCAUUGUUUUGCCUUAACCUUUGGCCCUGAUACAUUGUUAGCUGGAGCCCAACUACCAGACUUAGUCUUGUUACUGUUGUGUGGAAACGAUACUAGUCAGAUUGCACAGAAUUUUUUCUGUAAAUUAACUUCAUCUUCUGUCUUCUGAAGUUUAGUUUGCUAUAUACAAGAUUGUUUGCCUGCUCUUUUCAAAGCAAAUCCUAACAGUUUGAAUAUAAAAUUUCUGAAGUAUUUAACUUCAGGGUUUUAUUGAUGGGGAUGUUAUGUAGGAAAAAAAUUGGACCAAAGUUUUUGUGCCUGCAGUAGUUUUAUAUAUAGGGUUUUUCAUAUCUUUAGGUGUCUUAAUUAUAAUAAAUACAUUUUUCCCCAAAAUGUAUAUUUAUAUUGUGAAAAAUUACUAUUGUCUACUGACUAUACAAGAAGUGGACUACAGCUGUUUCAAUACAGAUUUAAUUAUUCUACUGUCUUUCCCAUAACAAUUUUACUUUUCUACUGCAAUGUGUAGGAAUCCAAGCAUAACUCACGUUAUUUCCAACUUCAGAAAAUAAUGACAUGUUGUGCUUGGAGCAGUCCCAAAGAAAUUAAAUGCUUACAUAAUUGAAGGUCCUUGAUAAUGAAGAAAGCUUUUACUUCAGCAGAUUAAUGUCAUCACUGUAAGCAAUUUUUCAGUUCUUGGAAACUGUGCUUUAUUUAUGAGUGGAAAGCUACCACACAUAAACUUGAUUUGAAGAACUUUCCAAUUAUUUUUUAAUAUGUUACCCUCUUUCUGCAGAAGUUCACUGUUGAACUGCAGCAGCACAAGAUGAAAGUUGCUAACCAAGCAGAUCCUUGCAUCAGAAUAUCACUUCAUUCUCUGACCAAAGACUGUCCUGGUUUUACUGAGAUGUAUGGAAACCUGUUUUCUCUGACACUCCCUUCUGAUGGGAAGACCCAAUGCAAAGUGGCCUCUAUUUGAGACUGUUACUGAUGGUAGAAACAGUGGAAAAUGGAGAUAUUAAUGUGAAACAAGUGGUGUGAGAGAAGGCAAAAUGUUAAUAUGUUGCUUUUAGUACUGUAUUCAAGACACAGUAAACAUCUCUAAGAAUUGCUGUCGAUACGUUCAUGAAAGUUCCCUUUCAGUUUAUAAAAAUGUUCAUCUAACACAGGAAAAUACUGUAAAUAUUUGUAAUAUCAUGUUUUGGUUUUGCUUUUCUUUUUUUUUUUUUAAUAUGGCACAAGAGUGUUUGGGGAAACAAAUCGAAAUGUAAGAUGUUUUUAUAUGAAAAGAUUGUCUGUAUAUUUUAAUAAGCAAAAGCUUUCAUUUGUUAAGCAUCUUGUGGCAUUGCAUUAGAAGUAUUUUAUAUCUGUGGAGAUGACUUAAAACUGAAAAGAUAUAAGAUGUAUUAAAGAAACCUAUUUUGUGACUGUGUAGUGCAUGGUGAAUUUGAUUUUGCUUAUGUUGUAAUAUAGUCUGUUUUUUUAGGUUUGUGUUUUUUCUAGUUUCAUGAUAUCUAUACGUAACUAAUUUCCUAACUCUAGUUGUUGUAGCAUGUCUUUUAAUAAACGUAAUUAUGUCUGUACUCUCUUAAA